ACAGACUUCCUAAUCGACACAGCUGAUUGUUCUCUCUGCUCAUCUAUCCAUUUCUUUCAUUAUUUUUUGGUUUUUCUUUCUUCGUUAACACUUCUCUACAGCUCCAGUUCCAUUCAUCUGCAUUCUGUUUUCAUGCUUCCACCCAUAACAAUUCUUAUGGUUCUGAAUCUUUGACUCGAUUCUUUCUACCUUGAGUCCAUUCAACCGUAUAUCCGUCUCUCCACGUGGGUUGAAAAUUAUGGUGGUAUAUUAUCCUGUACUGCCACUGUCAUGUCCGCCGACAUGUCUGCUCCUUCGGUAAAGAAGAAGAAGUCGAUUGCACGGAGCUCCAAACCAAGCACCAGGAUGUGUAUUCGGGAACAAAGGGACAUCAUAACCAUGUCAUCUCCAGAGAUGUGCUGGCCGGUGCCAAUGCGGGCCAUUGGGGCUCAGAACCUCCUCACCAUGCCAGGAGGGGUAACCACUGCAGGAUACCUCCACAAGAAAGGAGGCAGCCAAUUCAGCCUAAUGAAAUGGCCACUGAGGUACAUCAUCAUCCACAAGGGCUGCGUGUACUACUUUAAGAGCAGUACCUCUGCUGCACCACAGGGGGCGUUUUCUCUCAAUGGCUACAACAGAGUGAUGAGAGCAGCAGAGGAGACAACAUCGAGCAAUGUUUUUCCUUUCAAGAUCGUCCACUUCAGUAAGAAACACAGGACGUGGUUCUUCUCUGCAGCCAGUGAGGAUGAGAGGAGGAAAUGGAUGCGAUACCUUCGGAGAGAAAUAGACCACUAUAACGACAGAAAAGAGGCCCACCUACCAAGUGACUCAGAUUCAGAUGCAGACAGUUUCUAUGGCACAAUCGAGAGGCCGAUGGAUGUGACGCAUCUUGUUGAUACCACCGAAAUUAAUUACAGUGAUGACGAUGAUGAUGACGAUGAGGAGGACUAUCUGAAGCCAGACAAUGAAUGUUCGCCAACGUCUUCAGGUCGACCCACAGGUCCACCGCCCUCUUACCCUCCUCCACCUGUGCCAGUGACAUUCCCCCACCGUCAAGACUCCAGUCCAGGUUUCCAAAAAAGCCUCCCCCCUCCCAUCCCAUUACAACUGAAAACCCCUACCUCUCCGCUCCCCAGGAAACCUUCACCUUGUCCACCCUCUCCUUGCGCAAAGAAGGACUCUAGCAAAGGCCCACCCCCACCUUUACCUUUUGCCCCUCACUUACAGAAUUCUUUUCCUUCCACACCUCCACCUAUUCCUCCCAAUGCAAAGAAACCAAUCAGGUCAACCUCCAUGGGAGUAACAGCAAAUGACAAAAGAGACUGGAGGCCUACGCCGUCUGUUUCAGUCCAGUCACCAGCUACUUUGCCCAUCUGUGAAAAACUAGACAGGGUAAUCCUAAAUGGCCCCUGUCCCCCUCACUCUGGCGGGAGCCAGUCGCUAGAAAACAACUACCGCCGUACUAAGCCGAACAUGCCGGUUCCACCAUGCCCGAACACAAAUGUAUCUCUCAAUCUAACGUCCUCCAGUCACCCACCACUGCCUGGUCACCCUUCACACUCCCCGCUACUUAAACCUGGACAACUCAAUAAGCCAUCUAUACCCAAACCUCCUUUACCUUUAGUAGGAGUCAAACCAUCACUGCCUCCACCCAAGCCCAAGUCGCCAGGAACACCCUUUCAAAGAACAUCUCCAGAGGGUCAGAGCUUCCGUUCCAUCAACGACGAAACUGCAGAUUUCAGGAAGAAACGAGACUCGACCGCGUACGACUCUGACGAAGACUAUGAGAAUGUCCAGCUGCCAGACUCUGUGUUCAUUGAUUCGAAUGAAACCAGCUUCGUAGAAAAGUUAUUCAAAGAGAGUCCAACUCCUCCACAUGAUGGACUGUACGCCAUCAGAAAAUCAGGAACCAAAACAACAAAGGUGCUGGUGGUGUGGGACAUCAGUAUAGGCAAAGCCAGAAACUACAGACUGUUUGAAGAGCAUGACUGUAUAUUUCUGGAAGCUGAUUUGACCUUCCCCAAUCUGUCUACACUGAUCGAACACUACUACUGCCACCCUCUUCCUCACCACGGCUCACUGUGUCUCCAGAAGCCCUACACAAAGACGUGAGCGGCUUACUGAACUGUAACUGAAACCAGAGGACACCAAAGCAGCUGAAACCAGUGCAGAAGACUCUGACGGUGCACUGGACUGCACCUUAAACAUGGAGAAAACUAUACAAACUAGACUCUUACUUUGACAAAUCUACACUCAACGAGAUAUUUCCAUCAUGGCAAACUUUCUAAAAAAAAAUCUACCAAACUCUCUAAGGGAUCAAACAUCUUUAAAAGAAAAUCAGAAAUCUGCUGCAAAUUCCUGAUGUUUCAUGUAUAGUGAGCAAUGGUUGUGAUGUGUUUUGGCCACAAAGGGGCGCUGUGACACCAAAUGCUAGCAUUAAAAAACAUUGAUGUUUCUGCGUUGGCCCAGCAAUGGUCUAGCAAACUGCCUAGAUUGUACUCUCAUGCCCUGUGACAGCUGGGAUAGGCUCCAGCACUCCGGUGCAUAGAUAAAGCGAAAUGGAUGGGUGGUUUACAAGUUUUGAGAAUAAUAUAAAGUAUAGCUUUAAUAUUGAGCUUAAAUGGAUGAGAGCGAGAAGAACUUUAAUGAUGCCAGCACAGAAGUUGAAUAGUAUUAAAAAAGUAAUUAAGAUAAUUAUUACAUAUAAUUAAUUAAUUAAGUUUAAUUUUAAAAAUAAACUCUUAUGAUUCUCAGUGACCAUCUGUGCUCCUCAUACUAACCAGAACACAUCAUCAGAUUUAUUAGUUCCUUUAAUUCUGAUAAUUUGAUUGGUUUGAAUAGAUUUCUGACUACCUGGAGGUAAUAAGGUGUAAACGUGGAUACUGGGACAGACUUGCUGUCCUUUUUCUUCAAAAAGACCCCAGUUUGUACACUUUGUCCCAAAUGUGUCAUCCCAACCAAAUGCAGCUAACUGAUGCUCAAGUGUCAAAAUCAUAGCAAACUAUCAGCUUCAUCUUUGUGCCAUUUGCAGGCAAACUCUUUCCUCUGGGUGUAACGUCCAAAACUAGUAGCUGUGAUGUAUACUUAUCCAUGAGAACUGAAUUAACAUUAGAAAAAGUACAACAUUACAGGCAGAAAUGUUCUCUUUGUCAGGUUUCUUCUUUCAGAAAUGAACAACAUACGACACUGUCGAUAAAAAAAAAAAACUCACCUAUUUACAAAAACAAACUGAUGUAAUUGAUUUUUUGUUGUGUAUUUGUGUGUUCUGUUUGUACAGCACUAUAAAAUGUUCCUCUAUAUUUAUAUGUAAAUGUUAUUCUAAUUUGUAAAAAAAAAAGUGUAUCUAAACUGUAAAUAUACUGUGUUUUUUUACUUAAAUAUAUUAUUAGAGAUUAUUAUAA